AUGAAUGGAGAUCAUCAUGAGACAAAUAAUAAUGACCAAAAAACACCACUCCUUCCAAUUCAUAGGUCACAAAGUAUGAAUUCAUUUAUUCAAUCAGUUUUCACAUUAAAAAAUUUAUUCACAAUUUUAGGACCUUCACUAUGUAUAUUUAUAUGCUUAUUUAUCAAAAUGGAAAAUGCUCCAUCAACAAGCACAAAUAUGUUGGGAGUUCUUGCAUGGAUCUUUACAUGGUGGUUAUCGGAGGCGGUGCCGAUGCCGGUAACUUCCAUGUCACCGUUGUUCCUCUUCCCGUUGUUCGGAAUUUCGUCGUCCGACGAGGUUGCUCAGUCAUACAUGGAUGAUGUUAUUGCACUUGUACUUGGAAGCUUUAUACUUGCACUUGCUGUGGAACAUUAUAAUAUCCAUAGAAGAUUGGCCUUGAACAUAACACUAUUAUUCUGUGGGGACCCACUGAACCCACCACUCCUCCUCCUCGGUAUCUGUGGCACGACGUUUUUUGUCAGCAUGUGGCUGCACAACUGUGCCGCCACGGUGAUGAUGAUGCCAGUGGCCACUGGAAUUCUGCAGCGACUGCCGUCGCGCAUCAAUAGUGGCCACCGAGAUCAAGAAAAUAACAAUUCUAACGACGAUUUGGUCACCAAUUUUUGCAAAGCAGUUGUUUUAGGGGUGAUCUACUCUGCGUCGAUUGGUGGAAUGAGUACGUUGACAGGGACAGGUGUCAACUUGAUAUUGAUUGGAAUGUGGAAGAGUUAUUUUCCUCAUGAAAAUGUUAUAAGUUUUAGCACAUGGUCAUCAUUUGCUUUCCCUUUGGCUUUGGCUAUAUUUUUGGCAUUGUGGGGCAUUCUUUGCCUAUUUUAUUGUAGGAAGGGAUCGAGUAGAGCACUUUCUACUUAUUUGGACAAAACUCAUUUGAAGAGGGAGCUUGAUUUGUUAGGUCCCAUGACUUUUGCUGAAAAGAUGAUCUUGACGGUAUUUUCGAUUUUAAUAAUGCUGUGGAUGACAAGAAGUAUUACUGAAGAUAUUCCUGGAUGGGGAUCCCUCUUUGGUGGACGUGCUGGUGAUGGAACUGUUAGUGUGAUGAUGGCAACCUUAUUAUUCAUAAUUCCAAAUAAAAAGCAACCAGGGGAGAAAUUAAUGGAUUGGAACAAAUGCAAAAAAUUACCAUGGAAUAUAAUUCUUCUUUUAGGGGCAGGUUUUGCAAUAGCUGAUGGAUUUAGGUCAAGUGGUCUAGCUGAUGUACUCUCAAGAGCCCUAAAUUUCUUGGAAAAUGCGCCCUACUUAGCCAUCGCGCCAGCUGUAUGUUUAAUAAGUGGGACCCUAACCGAGUUCAUCACAUCUAAUAAUGCAACCACAACCAUUAUGGUCCCAUUGCUCAUUGAGAUCGCGAAGACUAUGCACAUCCAUCCCCUCCUACUCAUGAUCCCGGGGGCUAUUGGUUCACAGUUUGCUUUCUUGCUUCCCACCUCUACGCCCUCGAAUGUUGUAGGGUUUACUACUGGACAUAUUGAGAUCAAGGACAUGAUUAAAACUGGACUUCCAUUGAAAAUUGCUGGGAUUGUUGCUCUAUCCUUCUUGAUGCCUACCCUUGGACCUAUGGUGUUUGAAACGGAUAAACGUGUGACUAAUGUAUCAACAAACUAUUUGCAUAUGUGUGGCUAG